UUGAUUGUGCAUUACAAGCUAGUGCUCAGUAUAGACAUAUCUGGAUAAGUGAUAGCAGAGCUGCCGUUGCCUCUCCUCAAGUAGAUUACUCUGUCUUUGGCGCUACCUUCAACUCAAGAUGAAAGUCGUCGGUUCUUCUUGCGCUCUGAAAAGCAAAGUGGGCGGCAACAACGAGGAUGUGGUGCGCUGUCUGUCCGAGCAGAGCCUCGCCAUCUCAAAGUGCAAGCUCCCGUUGCUCGACCAACACAUGCACGGAUUCCUCGACAUGAACGGCUGCUACAGUAAGCUGAAAGAGCUGGUGCCCACCCUGCCAGCUAACAAGAAGGCCAGCAAGAUGGAGAUCUUGCAGCACGUCAUCGACUACAUCUGGGACCUACAGCUGGAGCUCGACUCACCGGGACUGAGCCGCCCGCAGGGGGGCAACAGCGCACCGCUGACCCGCUCACCGUUGACCACCCUGAACGGAGAACUGGGAGGGAUCGCAGUGGAGAACGGCUGUACAGAUGACAGAAUCCUUUGUCGCUAAUGUGACUGAAAAGUAACACCAGACUUUGGGGGCUUGAAGUGGUCAAAUAAUCAAUAAGCUGAACGUCUUUUUGCUCCUUGAAGUGACUCUAUCCCUGUUUUUUAGCAUGGGGUUCCAGGCAUGUUCCUGUAUUUAGUCCUGUAGAAGACUUUCUAAAAUUGGGAAGUGUCAAAUAGUUCUCUCGUGAUCUGCACCUGCUUAUCAGUUUGAAACACCAUCUCCUCCCCCUCCACUACCACAAUCCUUGUCCAUGUCCACUGGGAUCAAGAGGACCCAGAGCAGUGGCUCUUUUCUUUCUCUUCUUCUCUUUUUUUUUUUUUUUUUUCUUUUUCGUUUCUUCAGAGACUGAUGUACAGCUUUUCUGUGGCCACAUUUGUGGGGUCUUGUUAAAAAGACUUUUUUUUUUUUUUU